AUGAAACAUCUCAGUUUCUCAUAUUAUGAGAAGAAGAAAAAGAGUAAUGAUCCUUAUGAUCCUUUUGCAUAUAACAUUUAUGGGUUCCCACUGAAACUUCAAGUGUGGACGUAUGAGGUCAUCAAAAGCUUUGUCCCUACAUUCGCCAAAAAGAAUGAGCUUAAUGACCCUCUACGCUCAAGGUUGUUAGUCUAUCAUUCCACCAGGAAAAAUACCUUGAUCGAGAUAAAGUCUGCCCUUGAGACCAUAGGUCUUACUGAGAUGGAAGAGUCCUCCAUGGAGAAGAGGUUAUAUAGUGGUGUGGACUUUGAACAAAUAGAGGAGUCAACUGAUGAAUUUUUUGAUGGAUUUACAGAUGGAAAGAUAUGCAAAGAUGAAUUUGAACAUGAAGAUGAAGAUGAAGAUAAAGAUGAAGAACUUACUCCCAAACCUGCCAUCAGGAAGAGAAAGUCUGAAGCUACUCUCAAAGAAGCAGUCAACCUGAAGAGGAAGCUUUCUUAUGAAUCGAGUCCUCUCAAUGCUAACAUUCUUAGUCCCCCCACCCCGACGUCAAGUCCUCCAACACCUUCUAUUGGAUGUAAAUGUGUUGAGCUGAAGGAGGAGUUAAAAGAGAUGAAAAUAGAGUUGAAGGAGGAGCUAAAAGAGUUGGAAACAGAUCUCAUCAAAGAGCUGAAAAUCACCAUCAAAGAAACUCAACAAACUCACCAUGAUUCUAUGAAUAAGAUGAUUUUUAGUAUGUCCGAACAGUUAUUAGCCAAAUCCAACAAAAGGAUGGGCAUAUUAUUAACCAAAUUAGAUAAUAUGGAGGAGAAGAUGAAGAAGAAGAAGAAGAGCAAGGUGGACAAGAAGACUAAGGAGACUAAGGUCGAAGAAGAGGAGAAGAAGAUCAAGGUUGACCAGAAGGAUGAGAAUAUUGAGGAGAUGAUGGGGAUGCAGGUGGAUGGUGUGGAUGAUGAUGUGAAGGUGGUUGUGGAGGUGGAUAGUGAGGAUGAGAAGGUGGAUGGUGAGAAGGUGGAUGGUGGGAAGGUGGAUGGUGAGGAUGAGAAGGUGGAUGUGAAAGUGAAGGAUGAGAAUAGUAGUGAGGAGGUUGAGAAGGAGGAAAUGGAUGUUAAGCUCACCAAUUUGUUGCAACAAGUAAUUGAGAAUAAGAAGAAGACGAAGGUUGAAGAUGACGAUGAUGAUUUCAAGUUAUACAUUACUCCUCCUAAAGGAAAAUUUGGGAUGAGAGUGAUGAAGCUGAAAAAAGAUGACUCGUACACCAACCCUUCUUUGUCAAAACUGCCAAAAACAAAUGAUCCAAUGAAAGUUAAUCCCCUUCAAAAAUUUGAAGAUGAGCUGCUUGAUAAAGUAAAAGAGUGGUUGGAUGAUCCAAAAACCAAGGAUGUGAAAAAGAAUGUAGUGACUUGCGAAGUAGGGAAUGAUAUGUUUGUUAGAGUUCUAACAAGGUUCACAUGGCUUGAAGACACUGUAAGUCUUGCAAUUAAUUAUUCAUUAAUGUAA